AUGGAUGAUCCACUUUCUAUUACAAAUCUCUUCAGAAGAAUUACUGGCAAAGUGAAUCCAAGUGGUGGUGGUGAUGAUAACAAAAUGACUUUUAACUCAUCAGCGUCGGUUGUGGCAAGCAAUAUCGACAUCUUAACACUAAUUUUAUUGUGGUUACCAGUGAAAUCUCUUCUUGUGUUCAAAUUAGUCUCAAAACAAUGGUUUUCGCUCAUCACUGAUUUGAAUUUCACUCGCAUGUAUACUAUUCGAAGUUGCCGUCGUCCUAUCCCUGGAUUGUUCAUACAAAGUGAGUUUCCACAAUUCCUAGUUCUUGACAAAUCCAAUAUCAAUGUUAAGCAUGUCAAGACAAGACUCAUAAACGUGGUGAAUGAUAUUUCAAUUGACAUCAAAAAUAAUAGAACACAAAUUCUACAUUCUUGCAACGGUCUCAUUCUUUGUCACAGUGGUAGAGACACCUAUCGUGUCUACAAUCCAACGACUGGUCAUAGCAAAACCCUUCCUAUACCAUCAUCAUUUUAUAACCUCCGCCGUGCUUCAUCUUUCUAUCAUAAUUUUAGCUUAGCCUUUGAUCCAAUGAAAUCGUCAUAUUAUGAAGUGAUUUAUGUGCAAGAGGCUUCCCCGUUCGAGGUCUUUAGCCAUGACGUUGAAAUAUACUCUUCAAAGACGGAUUCUUGGAAGAUUCUUGAAGGAUUUCAGGUAGAAAACUCUGGUCCAUUAAUAUCAUCUGGUGUCUUUUGGAAUGGUUCAUUGCACUGGAUGCCAUAUGGGAAUCAAUUAACAUAUUUUGAUAUAGACGGAGAACUAUUAAAAACAAUGUCGAUGCCACCCUCUGCUGAAGGAAUGAGAGACGAAAUUGAGUACUUUGGUGAGUGUAAAGGGCAUUUAUAUAUUAUUCAUAAGGCUGAUCAUAGAGCAGGAGAAUUUGAUAUAUUUGAGAUGGAGACUGAUUAUAGUGGGUGGAUUAAAAGAUAUCAUGUGAAUCUCAACGAGCUAGCAAUUGAUUUACUUGAUGAAGAAGAUUUGAAACGCUGGUCAGAUGAAUUAUUUGGUAUUGAUGAGAGAGUUAUGCUCGACUUCAAUGUUUUGCUUGUUGAAGAAAAUGAAGCAGACUCAUUCAAGUUAGUUUUGCGAGUAGAAAGAAAGUAUAUUUCUUACGAUACAAAACACCAAAGUUUCAAGAUUAUUUUUGGUGUGUCACCUUCACUCUUGACAAAUAGACCACGUACAACACGUGAAGUCUUACGUCCUCGGAGAUCACUUUUAUGCUCAAAGCUCAAUGUGUAUCAAUGCAUUGACUCUCUUGCGUCUGUUUAA